AUGAAGUUGGCUCCAAGAGAAAUAGAGAAAUUGAUGCUCCAUAAUGCUGGUUAUCUUGCUCAAAAACGUCUUGCUCGAGCUCAACUUCUUAACUAUACUGAAGCCGUUGCUCUUAUUGCAACUCAGGUCUUAGAAUUUGUCCGUGAUGGAGAUAAGAGUGUGGCUGAGCUGAUGGAUAUCGGGAGACAAUUACUUGGAAGGAGACAAGUUCUUCCAACUGUUCCUCAUCUGUUGGAUUGUGUUCAGGUAGAGGGGACGUUUCCAGAUGGAACAAAAUUAAUCACCAUCCAUGACCCUAUAGCAUGUGAAAAUGGGAAUCUGGAUCUAGCUCUGCAUGGUUCUUUCCUUCCUGUUCCUCCUCAGGAAAAGUUUCCGGUGAUAGAAGAUAGCAAAAUUCCUGGCCAGAUGUGCUUUGGAGGUGGACUUAUUGUCCUUAAUCCUCAAAGAAAGGCAGUAAUUCUCAAAGUCACUAAUACAGGUGACAGACCAAUUCAGGUUGGCAGCCACUACCACUUUAUUGAGGUCAAUCCAUCCUUGAUAUUUGAUCGAAUGAAAGCACUUGGCAUGCGUCUAAAUAUACCUGCAGGAGCAGCCACGAGAUUUGAACCAGGAGAAACAAGAAGUGUUGUUCUUAUUGGGAUUAGUGGAAAAAAAGUGAUCAGAGGAGGUAAUGCAAUUGCUGAUUGUCCAGUUGAUGAUGCAAAAGUUAUGACAUUAAUGGGAGCUCUAAGUGAAGGAGGAUUUGGUCAUUUGGAAGAGCCAAAUCCAAGGGAAGGUGUUGUAGGAGAAGAAUCUUGCUUUUCGUUUUCGAUGACUCAUGAGGAAUAUGCCAACAUGUUUGGCCCCACUACUGGAGACAGAAUACGUCUGGGUGACACUGACCUGUUUGCUGAAAUUGAGAAAGACUUUGGUAUCUUUGGUGAUGAGUGCGUGUUUGGGGGUGGAAAAGUUCUAAGAGAUGGAAUGGGUCAGGCGUGUGGAUAUCCUCCAGCAGAUUGUUUGGAUACUGUUAUAACAAAUGCUGUAGUGAUUGACUAUACAGGAAUUUUCAAGUGUGAUAUUGGAAUUAAAGAUGGUCAUAUUGUUUCCCUUUGUAAGGCAGGUAACCCAGAUAUCAUGGAUAGUGAUGCGAUAAUUGGGGUUAACACUGAGGUUAUUGCAGGCGAAGGAAUGAUUGUAACAGCAGGAGCUAUAGAUUGUCAUGUGCACUUUAUAUGCCCUCAACUGGCAUAUGAGGCAAUAUCAAGUGGAAUCACUACAAUGGUGGGAGGUGGUACAGGGCCUGCUCAUGGGACACGUGCAACCACUUGUACACCGGGGCAUGUGCACAUGGAAUUGAUGUUGCAGUCAACAGACGAAAUUCCCCUAAAUUUUGGUUUCACUGGAAAAGGUAACAGUUCCAAGGCUGAUGGCCUACAUGAUAUAAUCAAAGCUGGAGCAAUGGGACUAAAGCUUCAUGAGGACUGGGGAACUACUCCUGCUGCUAUAGAUAUGUGCCUAACUGUUGCAGAUCAAUAUGAUAUUCAGGUCAACAUCCAUACUGACACCUUGAACGAAUCUGGAUUUGUUGAGCAUACAAUUGCUGCUUUUAAAGGUCGCACCAUACAUACAUAUCACAGUGAAGGUGCUGGUGGUGGACAUGCUCCGGAUAUAAUCAAAGUUUGUGGUGUAAAGAAUGUAAUUCCCUCAUCAACCAAUCCAACACGUCCAUUCACUUUGAAUACUGUGGACGAGCACCUUGACAUGCUGAUGGUAUGCCAUCAUCUUUGCAAGAACUCCCGAGAGGAUGUAGCUUUUGCUGAAUCCCGGAUUCGGGCUGAAACAAUUGCUGCAGAAGACAUUUUGCAUGAUAUGGGAGCAAUUAGCAUUAUAUCUUCUGAUUCACAAGCCAUGGGUCGAAUUGGAGAGGUGAUCUGUAGAACAUGGCAGACUGCCCACAAGAUGAAGUUAUUUAGAGGACCAUUGGACAUUGACGGAUCAGACAAUGACAAUUUCCGGAUCAAGCGAUACAUCGCAAAAUACACUAUAAAUCCAGCAAUUGCUAAUGGGAUCUCUCAAUUUGUCGGAUCAGUUGAGGUAGGGAAAUUAGCUGAUCUUGUGGUGUGGAAGCCCUCAUUUUUCGGAGCGAAACCAGAAAUGGUGAUCAAAGGAGGCGUAAUAGCUUGGUCAAACAUGGGAGACCCAAAUGCUAGUAUCCCAACUCCUGAACCGGUGACAAUGAGGCCUAUGUUUGGAGCAUUCUCCAAGGCUGCAAGUUCUAAUUCAAUUGCUUUUGUCAGCAAGGCAGCUUUGGAUGCUGGAAUAAAAGAUUCAUAUAGACUAAACAAGAGGGUUGAAGCUGUAACUAAUGUGAGAAAUAUCAGUAAACUAGAUAUGAAGCUCAAUGAUGCACUGCCUGACAUCAAAGUCGAUCCCGAGACAUACACGGUGACUGCAGAUGGAACAGCCCUUACAUGCCCCCCGGCUACUACUGUACCACUCUCCAGGAACUAUUUCCUCUUUUAG